AUGAAGAAACUAGCUCUAUCCCUCACCGUUUAUGCGAGGCUCACCUAUCAAUUUCAUACUCGCGGCCUCAACUCUCUUUGUUCAAUUGAAGAGGCUAGCAUGGCACGAUCACAAAGAGAAUUGCAGCUCACUCUUGAGCUCCAACACACCUCUCGUGCAAGGAGCGCCUCCGGGGCCGGCCUCCGGGUUGUCGACUAUUCAGCGAUAUCUACAUUGCGCAGCUGUCCAGUGACGGACAUGGCAUAUGUAUCAGAUCAUCAUCAACAUAUGACUCACCCAAUCCAGCCUGUGCGGCGCAAGAUCGAACGUUCAUCUCGCCCCGAGUAUCAGAAGCUCAUCGAUGGCGACUCGAUCUACACUUGCUCGAAGUAUACUUCGGAACGCGAAACUCAGCUUGGAGAUCCGCUUUUUCGGUCGAGCAAAAAGUUUAAAAGGUCCAUAGUUGCCGAGGAUGGCCCUUGGUUCUUCGACAUAGAGCCUGUUCUAGACCGCCGAGAUCAAGAUCGACGUCGCUUGUGGAAGCGGCAGAAGAAUAAGAGGUUGAAAAGAAGUGCAUCCGCCACUCGGCCUCAAGACCCACAGCAGGCCGACAAUGACGAGGCAGACACGACCAUCACAUCAGCAGGUCCCAUUGCGCAAGGAGCUCCUGCCCCUCCCCUGGACACUAUUCCGCAACCUUCCUCAAGAGCUGUAACACCAGAUCUUCCACCAUCGGAUCUUUUACGAUCGAUCCAUCACGAAGCAAUGUCGUUUUAUAGCUCGCACAAUGUCAUAUCGAUCCCUCCUGCUCAUCGAGGCCCCAGGCCGAAGAAUUGGGAAGAACCUAUUGCGAUGACGCGAGCUCUUGAUGGUUCUGCCUUGGUGGCUAUUGGCGUUUUGCUCGAAGAAAUUACAAAGGAUCAGAUCGAAAGCGGCCAUUUUGACGUCCCUCCGGUGGGAAAUGCGAAUCGUUUGCCUUAG